AUGGCGGCGCCCGGCGGCGGCCGCUCCGCCGCGCGCGCCCUUGGCGCCUCUAUGGUGAAUCACACGGUGGCGCUGAGCACCCUGGGCGAGUCCAAUUAUCAUUUCGGGGCCACCUACGUGGGCACCAAGCACCUGAGCCCCACCGAGGCGUUCCCGGUGCUGGUGGGGGACAUGGACAACAGCGGCAGCCUCAACGCGCAGGUGGUGCACCAGGUGAGCGCCCGGAUCCGCUCCAAAAUCGCCUUCCAGGUACGGAAUUCGGGAAUUUUCGGGAAUUUUCGGGAAUUUUCGGGGAUUCUGGGGGAAAAUUUGGGAAUUUUGGGGGGUUUUUUCAGGAGUUUCGGAGGGAUCCUGGUGGCACACUACCUGCAGAGCGUGACGCCGCAGCUGGCGCUGGGCGCCGAGCUCGUCUACCACCGGCGCCCCGGCGAGGAGGGCGCCGUGCUCUCGCUGGCCGGCCGCUACUCAGCGCCGGCGUGGAUCGGGACGGUGACGCUGGGCCAGGCCGGGGCGCACCUGACCUACUACCACCGAGCCAGCGAGCAGGUACCAAAAUCCCCCAAAAUCACCCCAAAAUCAGCCCAAAAUCAGCCCAAAAUCAGCCCAAAAUCAGCCCAAAAUUCACCCUAA